CACUGUUCGGAUCAGUAUCCGGUUGGCAUCUGUUGAUCUGCUACAAGGGCCGCUGCGAUCCGCUUCUUGGAGUGUCGUGAAGUCCUUCGCUGCGAACAUCGCCCUUCGGGGAAACUUCCUCUCGGGCCGUCUAAGAAACUUUCAACAAACUAUGGCGUCGAAUAUGAACGGCAAUGUAGAAGGUGCAAUUUCGUCCAAAACAACAAAUGGGAAUGGAGAAGAUCCGGAAUGGGAUUUGACGAAACCUCUUCCGAAGUUACCUGUCCCUCCUCUGCAGUCUACCCUGUACAAAUACCUGGGAGUGAUGAAGCCUGUUCUUACCCCCAUACAAUUUGCCAAAACCAAAUACCUCGUGGACGAUUUCCGAAAACCAGGGGGACAGGGUGAAAUGCUCCAAGACUGUCUCACGCAAGCAUAUCACAACAAAGAAAACUGGGCUUACGACUGGUGGCUAGAUGAUAUGUACUUGAAGAUACGCCUUGCCCUUCCUAUUAACUCCAACCCAGGCAUGGUGUUUCCCAGGAACAAGUUCCAUAACCAAAGAGAACAGCUGAGGUAUGCAUCGCGAUUAAUAAGCGGAAUUCUAGACUACAAAAUUAAAGUUGACAGACGGGCACUUCCCAUAGAACGAGCUCGCCACAAAGAGAAGGGUCAGCCGAUGUGUAUGGAACAACACUACCGUAUCUUCACCUCGUACCGGGCCCCGGGGCUGAAGAAGGACACUCAGAUAACAGACACUGGCGAUGGUCAGGACAAAGUCAUUGUAAUCUGUAAAAAUCAGUUGUUUGUCAUGGAGGUGGCUACGGAAACAGGCAAUCUCUCUGAAGCUGAGAUAUACGGACAGCUUGAGUUGAUAGCGAGGCUAGCAGAUGCAGACUCCGCCAACGCCCCGCCGGUUGGUAUUCUGACGUCACAGACACGUGACAAAUGGGCGGCAGCUAGAAACAGAUUACUUUUGGACCCGAUCAACCGAGACUCACUCGACGCCAUAGAGAAUUCCAUCUUCAUCGUUUGCCUUGACAAGCCGACAUGCCCCUCCCCCGACACGCUGAAGAUCGACAUUACCUGCCUUGCUCUCCACAUGCUGCACGGGCAGGGGUCAUGGGCGAACACCGCCAACAGGUGGUUCGACAAAACUAUGCAGUUUGUGGUAUCCGAGGAUGGUACGUCCGGCUUGAACUAUGAACAUUCAGUAGCAGAGGGUAUAGCCGUGGUACAGCUGGUAGAACAUGCUAUCAAGUAUAUAGAGGACGCCAAACUGAGACAGAGAUCUUUUUCUCAAAGUUCUAUACGUAAUACACUCGUGCCAAGAAAACUGUGCUGGAACAUUACAUCGGAGACGGUUAAAGACAUCCAACAGGCAAAUGAGUAUAUAGACGGAUUGAUAGACGACCUUGACCUUACAAUAGUAAGGUUUGAAAACUUCGGCCGCGACUUCCCGAAGUCUCACGGAAUGAGCCCUGAUUCUUUCAUCCAGCUGGCUUUGCAGCUCACAUAUUACAAAGUACAUUCCCGUCUGGUGUCUACGUAUGAGAGCGCCUCCACUCGUCGCUUCCGGCUGGGCCGAGUGGACAACAUCCGGGCCAACUCUCUGGCAGCUCUUGAAUGGUCCAAGGCUAUGAUAGGAGAACUCGACUGCAGUGACGAGGAGAAAUUCGCUUUGCUACAAGAGGCCUUACAAUGCCAGGCCAACUAUAUGACUGAUACAAUCCUUGGUCAAGGUAUAGACUGCCAUCUGUUGGGACUUCGUGAAUGCGCAGUCGAAGCAUGUAUUCCUAUGCCAGACUUCUUCAAAGAUGAAGGAUUCCGACUUGCCAACCAUUUUACCAUGUCCACGAGCCAGGUGCCAACGUCAAUGGACUCUUUCAUGUGUUAUGGCCCUGUCGUACAGGAUGGCUACGGUGUUUGUUACAACCCCCACCCCGACUACAUCCUCGUCACCGUCUCCUCCUUCAACAGUAACGACGACAGCGACUCUGCCUUCUUUGCGAUGUCGCUUGAAAGUAGCUUGCUUCAGAUGAAAGAACUUUGUCUCAAGGCUAAGGAAUUCAACAGUGUACCACCAUCCUGACAAACAAAGAGUAUCCAUUGUAAACUUUGACAGAUCACGGUGUGCUAUCUGUAAAUCGAAUUACUUUCAGUAUUAGUUUUUCAUUAGGAGUACAUGUGUUCUAUGUGAAACGAAUUUCCUUUAAAACAUUCCAGAGGUUAGUCGUAUGGGACUAGGGGUUAUCAUUUCAUUGUGUCUGGAGUAGGCAAAACAAAAAACCUCGAUGUUACUAGGACAAAGCAAGAAUCACCCCUGUCUUGUGUCAUUCAUAAGACCAGAAGGAACACUGUCAUUGAACAUUGAACGUUGCUAAUUGAAGUGAAAUGGCCGACCACGUUCUAUGGCCCGAACCAUCCAGGGUGUUUAGAAGCCAACCAUUUGGUUAACAUAAAAGUAAAAGGUUUUUAAUGGGAUUAAUAUGUUUUACCAGAAGUCAAACUGACAUCUUAUCACAUACCAAGGUACACCUCCAAACUGAGGUAUUAGAAAGUCCAUCAUUCUGUUAUAUAUUCUGUCAUUUCAGGAACUACAACAGAUGAAGCUUGGCAUUCGAUUCUAUUACAUACCAAUCCGUCCAAACAGGACAUAGGAAAAUGUGGUAUACACGUGCAUCAUGUACAGAUUUUCUGUGUUUUUUUAUUGGCUAUGCUAUUGAAACUAAAUGAGACUGAAACGUACAUUUCAAGGGGACAAAAACAUCUUAUUUAUCCGUAAACUAUCCUAUCAUUCAGAUUUAUCUACAUUACUUAUAUUACUAUAUAUUCCCAGAAACGGAAAUUUCGGGAGACAGAAUAUUAGUUAAGUUUUCAUUUAUCAUUUUUUAACACUUGUCAAAAUGUACUUACAAGCUGUGAUAAGAUUACUGCUUUUUGUGUAUUGGUUCGUU